AUGUCGUGUAUGCUGGCUGCCCUGCUCCACAGCGCCCUCCCCUGCCCAUCCCCCUGUCACUGCUCUUCGGAUGGGCAGGUGGUGAACUGCGGAGGGCUGGGCCUGUCUUCUCUGCCCCCCCUACACCUACUGCCAGCAGAGAGUCGCUCACUGCUGCUGCCCAACAACAAGCUGUCUGUGCUGGGGACCUCUGCCUUUGCUAACCUCUCUUCUCUGGAGGAGCUGGACCUCUCCAACAACUACCUGGAUAAUCUACCGGGAGGACUAUUCCAAGACAUGUCCAACCUGACGCGACUCACUCUGCAUAACAAUUCACUCACAGCAAUGGACAGAGAGCUUUUCCAGGGUUUGGGGGGCCUUCAGAGCCUGGAUUUGUCCUUGAACGGGCUGUCGUCAGUUCCUUUGGGUCUACUGGACGAGCUGCAGAGCCUCAGGUGGUUAUCUCUGGCAGGAAACAGGCUGCAUGCGUUGGAGAGAGCUGCCUUUGAGCCCCUGGUGAAUCUGCAGCACCUGGAGCUGGGGCAGAAUCCCUGGGAAUGUGACUGCAACCUCCGGGACUUCAAGCACUGGAUCGAAUGGCUCCUGUACAGAGGAGGUCGAGUGGAUGCUGUGGAGUGCACACUGCCCAAAGACCUUAGAGGAAGGGACAUUCGGACCGUUCCUGUGGAAAUGUUCAACUACUGUCUACAGCUGGAAGAUGAGAAUGGGGGGGCAGAUGGGUCACGUGCCGGAUCUCCCUGUAGUCGAAACAACGUCAACCCGGAUGCGACCCAAAAUGACAACACUAACGAAGAGUCUUCCUCGUCGAGUGCAGGUGGGGAGGGGACGUCUGAAUGUGUCAGAUCCCGCUACCGGCCUGUGAGCGUGCGCAGAGCAAUCGGCACAGUGGUGAUAGCCGGAGUGGUGUGCGGCAUCGUCUGCAUUAUGAUGGUGGCGGCGGCGGCAUACGGGUGUAUCUACGCCUCGCUCAUGGCCAAAUAUCAGCGGGAAUUGAAGAAAAGGCAGCCGCUAAUGGGAGACGGAGAGGGGGACGGGGAAGACAGAGAGGACAAGCAGAUCUCCUCUGUUGCUUGA